AGCAACAACCCGCUGCACCUACCAGAAGUUGUUCUCUUGCAGUUCUAUCCGAAUUGAAUUUGCUCUUUUUGUUUCUCCCUCAUAACCGCCCCAAGAUUUUACAUCCCCUCUGGUGCAUAUCACAGAGUUCUACCAUCCAUCUUCUUACUGAGUCCCCGACCAACUAAAUAAAGAAUUAAGAAAUAUUCACAUCAUCAUGAAGCACACUUUAUUCUUUGUCUCCUUGCUAGCCUUAGCCUCAGUGGAGUGCUCUCCAGCAGGCUCCACCCCACCUGGAGGUGAUCACAACACUGGCGCCGAGAAUAGUGUGGCGAAGACGAUGGGAAAAAUCGAUGAAUCAAAGUGCAAAGGAGAAAAAAUGGAAUGGAGCAAAGAAAAAACUCCGUGGCAGAACUCAAUGCUUGCCGAGAACUUUGUGCUUUAUCAGAACAUCUGGAAAAGUGAUCAAGUUCUGGGCACAGGCAAGAGUGAAAUCACGUGUAAAAGCUUCAAGAAUGGUAACCUGGCUUGGCAAACGACAUUUGACCUACCGUCUGCUCCUGAGAAUGCAAAGCAGGUCAAGGCAUACACCAAUGUAGCUUGGGUCAAACCCUCGUUGACUGGAGGACAGAAAACGCAGUCAAUCCAAGUCAAGAAUGCAAAGGUAUUCAACACUGCUUGGGACUGGCAACUUACUGGGGACUCGAAAGACCUUGUUGCGGAUGUGUCUUAUGAUAUAUUUUUGUCCAAGGAUCCUACCUGUCAGAAGCAGGAGUGCGCCUCCAGGGAAAUUAUGGUCUGGUUAAGCGCAAUUGGUGGAGCACGACCCGCCGGAGCACGCGCCCAAGCAAAUGGCGGCACACUCAAACUCGGUGGAAAGUACGAAUUCCAAGUCUGGCAAGGCACCUCCCAAGUCCCGGUAGUUUCCGUCUUCCCAGCCCAGGAAAACCAAAAGUUUACGUCGUUCAGCGCGGACAUGAAAGAGCUACUGAAAAACCUUGGACCUUUCGGGGUUAGUCAGGACGAGUAUCUGGUUAGCGUUGGCGCCGGAAUCGAAAUCUUCACUGGGAAAGGUAGCCUUUCCACAACCAAUAUAUGCAUGUACAAUGGUGUUGCAAUUUCUGCUCAACAUCUCUCAGAUGAACGGAUCAAGGAGAUCGAUUCCAUCACUAAUGAACAUGGUGGGGAAAAAGGGCCCACUGGCACUAUCCUGCCUUACACCAUUAUUUACCAGUUUAUAACGCUAGAAGUGCUGCAACGUAGCAUAGGACCAAAACUCGCUGUCAAUAGGGCAGUUCACGUUGCACCAAAUUCUUUGCUGGUCUUGAACAAGUCUAGCAAAGUUCGACUGCUGAUGGUCAACAUCAGCACACUCUCCGCUCAGCCACAUGCAACUUUGGCCUCGGUUGUUGGAUCCACGGGCAAAACGCCGAAGCCGAACAAUAUUGAGAUAUUCAUUGAGGUGCUGUGUUGGCACCGGAGCGGAGGCUAUCUCCAGCCUUACAAUCAGACUGAGCUCCCCGGCGAUGGUAACUAUAACAUGAGAACACGUAUCAUCGCUCUCGGUUCGCUUGACCUAAACACCCUGGACACAACAAUCCGGUUCAAUGGACCUUCGCACGGAUUUUAUGAGUCCGAAGUCUUCGGCAGGACAAUGGGUCCCAAAAUCCAUCGAUAUCCUCAUGGCGACCCAAGGCAGAUCGAAGUCAUGAAUAGCUUUUCUGGCCUGAUGACCGACGCCAGUGGGGCUCAGUUUCACCGUUCGCUGAAAAAUCGAAAACUCAGGAAAGACACUGUCAUGGUUUACUAUGGCACCAUCGCCUGUUUCUUUCAGGCUGUUUCAGUUUUUAAAGUUACUGUCGGGAUGGACUUACGUGCUUCAAGAGUGUUAUCCUAUACAAAAACCGAUUCAGGGUUCACAUCAAAGUCGUCGAACUCCUCAGCACAAGUGUCAUAUUAUAGCCCACCAAACUCUUACUCCGAUGGAACAGUCCAAGUUAAUACACCAUCUCUUGUCCUUAAAAAAGAUCAUAUUGUGACAAAUGUACCUCAAGUUAGGAAGUAUGACUGGGUGGUAGAAAACAAGACAGCAGCAUUUGAUGGUUUUGUUAGAAAUGUUUUUGUUAUCAACAACCAAUUUCCCGGCCCACUUAUUGAAGCAAAUGAGGGAGACACCAUUGUGGUUAAUGUCAAAAAUGAGCUCAAUCUUCCUCUUAGCAUACAUUGGCAUGGUAUUUACCAAAAUGGAAGUCAAUGGAUGGAUGGUGUUUCAGGGGUAACACAAUGCCCACAGCAACCCGGAACUACAUUCACCUAUCAGUUUACUGUUAAUAACCAAUUUGGGACCUUUUGGUAUCAUGCACAUUAUGAAGCAUUAUUGGCCGAUGGUGUUUCUGGACCAUUAAUUAUUCAUAGUACAAGGGAUCCUCUGGUUCGAGGUAGAGAUUUUGAUAAUGAACAGAUCAUCUUCAUGAAUGAUUGGUACCAUGAUCCCAGUACCACUAUCACACGUAAACUUUUAUCAACUGAGGGGUACAAUGGAACUCUAGCAGCUCCUUCUCCAAAUACAGCCUUGUUGAAUGGAAUUGGAUUUUUCAACUGUGAGAAAUAUGGCAAUGGAGAGCCCUGUCAAACCAACCACAACCCACUAGAGAUUCAAGUACCACCAAAUGCAAGAUCCAGGCUACGAUUAAUACAAGCAGGCUCCCAUGCUUUGUUCAAGGUUUCAAUUGAUGGGCACCCACUAGAGGUCAUUGAGGCAGAUGCCACUCCUGUUCGAAGCUCUGAACUGUUCCAUAGAGUUCCACUGCACAAUGCAGAAAGAUAUAGUGUCAUAUUGGACACCAGAUCAGAUGUUGAAGGAGAAUCUUUCUAUUUUAGGGCUGCAAUGGAUACUGACUGUUUUGCUUGGCUUGCUCCUGGAAUGGACACUGCCGAAGGGAACACUGCUUUAGCUGUGGUUCGUGUUUCUUCCACCCCUUUAGCAAAUGGAAACACUCGUGCCAGAAUGCCAGUCCCAAAUACUGUGGAUUGGAAAGAUGAUGUGGAUGGCCUAUGUGUGGACUUGGAUCAAACAAAACUUUCACCAUUGAUUAACCCCAACGUGAAUUUUAAUUCACAUGGAAGAGUUUAUUUCAAUACAAGCUUUGGUACAAUUGUUGACUCAUCAAAGAAAGGUCCUAAAAACAUCCUGGGAAGAUUUUUUGUUGACAACACAACAUGGACACCCCGUGAAUCACAGCCACUUCUCCCUCAACUUAUGAGUGGUGGAAGUGGAAACUUAAACCCAGCAGAUGUUGCAAUACAGACAAUUUCAGAGCCUGGUAUUUGGGAUGUUGUGGUGAACAACUUGGACCAGGCAAUUGACCAUCCCAUUCAUCUCCAUGGUGUUGAUACAUGUGUGGUUGCUACAGGGAAUGGUACCUUAACUGAUGCAAAUUAUCAAACUGCUCAAUACCAACUUGAAAAUCCAGUCUGUCGUGAUGUACAUGUUGUACCUGGGGGGAGCUACCUUGUUAUGCGGAUCAAGGCUGACAACCCUGGAGUAUGGAUCAUUCAUUGCCACAUUGACUGGCAUUUGGCUGGUGGCUUUGCAGGAAUGCUUGUGAUACAGCCCAAUGCCUUAAAACAAACAGUCCUACCCCAAGCAAACCAAGGUCUCUGUCCAAAAGGGGGAGGUUUGACCACACAAAACUAGAACCC